AUGAUGCCGGGGCUGGACGGGCUGCAGCUGCUGCGAAUCCUCCGCGCCGACUCCAAUUACAACGCCAUCCCCAUCAUCAUGAUGUCAGGCAACUCCAACCAGGCGACGGUGCUACAGUGCAUAGCGGCGGGCGCGGAGGAGUAUCUGGUGAAGCCGGUGACCAAGCGUGACGUCACGCACAUGUGGCAGCACGUGUGGCGCCGCAUCCAGCUCGUCUCCAACGCGCCCGAGAGCCUUCAGAAUAGCGGCAACCUGGCGGAGCACUCAGGCGCAGGCGCAUCCUCCUGUCCCGACGGGUCGUUCAACCCCAGCGCGGGCGCCAAUCCGCUGCUCUCCCUGCGCUCCUCCUCUGGCAUGCACAACCCCCACUCCUCCUUCGACGAGGCCGCCGGCAACACACUCCCUGCCAGCGCUGCUGCUGCCGCCGCCGCCGCCGCUGCUGCCGCGCAGGGAGGCGCUGCUGGCAUGGGAACAGCCAGUCGCGGGUACAGGCAGGGUCAGAGUCACGGUUAUGGGUAUGGGUAUGGGAUGGGAGGCACGAGUACGCUCCCCACGCACUCAUCUGCUGACACCCGCGGCACCUGCUCGUUCUCCAGCGGCAGUGGCCCCCUAGCUGCUCUACCGCUCCACCCCCACCAUCCCCACCAGCCCCAGCCGCCACACCAACCACACCAGCCACACCAGCCAUUGGGCGUGGCCCGUGGGUUUGCCAGCGCUAGGGGAGAUGAGACGAUGGGUGUGUUGGGAAGCAUGGGGCAGCGGGAGGGGUCGGUGGCGGAAGUGGCGCUGACGGGGGGUUCCGGGGAGCUGUGGGGCGGCGGAGGGGGCACGGAGAUCUGGACUGGGUCGGUGGAUGGCUGGCAGGCCGUGGGAGACGAGCGAGAGGAGCAGCAAGAGCAUCAGCAGCAGGAGGAGGAGGAACAGCAGGUUCAGAUGCAGCAGUACCAGCAGCAGCAGCAGUACCAGCAGCAACAGCGCCAGCAGCUGCAGCACCAGAUGCAACAGCAGCAGCAGCAGCAGCAGCAGCCGCAGCAGCCCAUGCUGCAGGAGUCGCAGCCACCAACGCCACCGCUGCCGCAGCAGCAUGAGCCAGUGGGGUGUCGGAGGCAGGCUUGGCAUCAGCGGCAGCAGCAGUGGCAGCGGCGGGGUGGCAAAAAGGCAGCAGACACGGGCCAGGGGCAGGAAGGGCAGCGUUGGGUUGGGAGAGACGCGAAGCAGACUCAAAAAGGGGCUGAUGAAGGGUGUGAACGAGAGCAGCAGCAGCACCAGCAGCAGUUGCUGCCGCCGCCGCCUCCGCCGCUGCAGCAGCAGCAUGCGAAGGAGCAUGCAGUGAGGGAGAAGCGAGGAGGAGGCGAGCUGAUGCUGCCAGGGGAGCAGGAGAAGUGGGAGGUGGAGCAGGAGCAGCAGCGGCAGCAGCUGCUAGCACAAUACCUGCGGUCGGGGGGGCAGAACGUGCAGGCAUUCAUCGCCCACAUGGACCACACAGGCGCGUGCGGAGCCGGAGGCGGAGCAGUGGGGGAAGGCGGAGGUGCAGGCGCAGGCGCAGGCGGGGGAGAGGGAGGCGGAGGCGGAGGCGGAGUUGGGGGCGGAGGUGGUGCUGUUGGCGCUGGUACCGCGUCGUCAGGCAGUGGGGGGGACAUUCACGAGUGGGUGGCCCGCCUGGAGCAGAUGCCUGAGCUGCAGGAGCAGGGCGACAGUGGCGACGGCGGGGACAAGUCGCCUGAGAGCGGAGCAGCAGCACGUGGGGGUGCGGUGGAGCGCAGAGAGGAGGCUGGUAGGGGCGGGAAUGGGUCGGAGGGAAGGAAUUCUCGGGGUAGGCAGCUGGGGAGAAGCGCAGGGCCGGAUGGGAGCCCGGGGCAGUCGAAGCUCUCAGGGAAGCGAAGCAGCAGCAGUGGUGGUGGUGGCAGCGGUGGGAGUGGCGGCGGCAGUAGGGGUGGCUGUGGGGCCGGCAGUGGGGCCGGCAGUGGGGGCAAUGGUCUCAAAAGAGGCGGCGCAGGGAAGGGGAAGAGCGGGUGGGGCUUUCUGUCGGGUCCCAAGGCAGCAGCCUUGAAGAGGCAGCGGCUGGGAAGCCCAGAGGGCGAUGGGAGGCGGGCGGGGAGCACAAGUGGCAGCACAGGCCAGGCAGGUGGCUCUGGGAAGGGAGGCGGUACAGGCUUGGGAAGUGGCUUGGGACGUGCGAGCAGGUUCGGGAAUGGCGGUGGCGGUGGCUCGGGCUUGGAGGGCGGUGGGUCUGGAAUGGCGGGCAGCUCGGGAAUGGGAGGUGGUUCGGGGCUGGUUGGUGGUAGUGCUUUAGGGUUAGUUGGUGGUAGCAGUAGGGGGAGUGAGAAGGGUGAUAGGGGCGAGCAGAGGGUUGAUGCGGAGCGUGUAGGAGAGGCUGAGACGGCGUUCUGGUCUGAGCGGCGGAAUGAGAUGGAAGAGAUGCGACGGCGGGAGAUGCAAAGGGAGGGCAUGCAGAGGGAGGAGAUGCAAAGGCCGGCAAAGGGAGUGCAGGAAGGGCGCAUAGCGGGACAGGAGGACGAGAAGCAGGAGGAGUGGAUGGAGGGAGACGGGAGCUCUCACGGGGCGAAUACGGCUGGAAGAGACUUUGUUUGGAGGACGUCCCACUCCGUUUCCCGAAGCAACAACAGCAACUUCUUGCCUCCCGCCGACGCCGCUCACCCGUCCAUCUCACCUGCUGCUCCUCUCGCUCCUCCUCCUGACUGUGCUCCGUUCGUUUCCUUAGAAGCACAGCAAUGGUGCGGAGCUGAAGCUGAAGUUGCUGUUGCUGCUGCUACCACCACCCCUCCCACCAUGCCCCGUGCUCUGUCGGAUCCCGAGCAGGCCCGCCCUGCCAGUGGCGGCAGUGAGAGCGACCUUCAAGGAUGGGGCUCAGGAGAUUUUUCAGGUGCUGCAGGUGCGGGUGGGAGAGGGCGCGGGGGGGCAGUAGGACGCGGUAGAGGGGGGGGGGAGGGGGGUGGGGUUUGUGGCGGGGCGAGGGGUGUGGGUGGGAGGGAGGGUUCAGGUGCUGAGGACGAUGAGAGGGCGGCGGAAGGAGGUGUCUCUCUCUGA